CAAAUCGCCUGACAAAUCUUAGUCAGAGGAAACUGGUAAAGUGGGACUUUUAUAUAAAGUUCUACUGUGUUGAGGAUAAACCACAUGGAUAAGGAUGUCGCUUGGAACACAAGUUGUGCAGAAGGAUUAGCCGAGAUAAUAGAAUUGCUGCUAAUCCACUUGCAAGAUUCAGCUGACAUCUUUCUGGAUGUUCAGAUUCGAUCAACAGCUGAUCACCUUGACAAUGAUAUGAUAUUUCUGAUCAAGAUUACUAGCAACAGGCACUUCUGUAUUGAAACUAUCUUCACUAAAUAUGGGAAUCAUCUUCAGAAGUUUUCCAGUUUGAUCAUUAAAAUGCAGACUAUGGAGACCGAGAGCCAUAUUAACCUCAGUUUCAGUGAAAAUGGUGAACGAGUCAGGAAGAGUUACUUUCUGGAGUCUGAAAAUGGUCAUUAUAGACUCAAAAGUACCAAGCACAAGUCAAAACCUGGCACAAAUUCAACUGACACAGUUUUGCAUAUAAGGAUGUUUCAAAAUAAGCAUAUGAUGAUGCUGCAAGGGAAGAAACUCUAUCAUCAUCUGAAACAGAUCAGUCUGUGUUCUAAGGUUUCCCUUGGUCUUUCUCUAACAGUUCAAGAAAAUGACUGCCAUUUUGACAUCAGACCAUGUAGGGAGGACUUUCCAACAGCAAUGUUUCCAGUUUCAUCAAAUACAGAGUAUUUACUUAGUGAAACACAAUACAAUCCAUUACCAGUUCUUGGCAAGACUGUAAGCAGUACUGUAGAGGAGCUAGCAAUCAUCCCAGAUUUAUCUAAUGUGACUUUCCAACUAGUCACAGUAGGGUUGAAAACAAUUUGUAAAAUUCAACCAGAUACACCAUCUUUGGUUAUGCUCUCUUGGUAUGGUCCAGGAAACAUUCCACUUUUUGACACUGCUGACACAAAAUCUGAAAUGGAAACUUUGAGUUUUGUGGAUUGGGAAAAGUAUGGAAUGACGUUACCUUUAGAAAACUCUGUGCAAUGUAAAGGGCACCAACCAUGUCACGAGUCAGUUAGCCUGAUAUCCCUGAGAGGAGCCUGCUGUUUUGUACUGACACUCUACAUAUAUCUAAAUAUCACUAGUCAAGAAAAUGCAGAGAAGAAAAUAGAUGCACUUUCUUGGUUGAGAAAGUACAAACACAAAUGGAUGGACACCUAUAAAGAAAAAAUUGAAGUAUCACUUGAAAGUGUACUUGAACAAACUUUGAAACCCCAGAGAACUAUGGAAGAAGAUAGGAUCAGUUUUCAGUACAGUCAAGCAAUUGCCAGCAUUUCAAAGUCCAUAUCGAAUGUUGUGUUGAGAUCGCCGUGUGAACAGUUUCGUAGAAAGUGUAGCCAAUUGGUGGAGACAGACGACAAUGGCCCUGUCCAACAGGCUGUUAGCCGAAAACUGUGGAGCAUUACUGAAUCCAUGGGAAUUUACAGGCCAGCUGAUGUUUUAGAGACUGUGGGUCCAACUCUUGAGAAGAAUCAAAAUGUGGAACCAGAGAGUCAGUCAGAACUUCAGAAUUUUGAAAAUGAGACUGCAGGUAAUGGCCAUAAGAUGCAUUUCCAUGAAGAUGAGCUAGAGGGGUUAGAUUGGCUCCAGCAACCAAAGAAAGCUAAUCAAGAUAAUUCAACUGAAACAUGCAGGAAAACACAUGUACUUAACUUCAUAGACAAUAUAUUGGAAGAGAGUAAUAGUUUUAGUUCUGUAGAGAGCCAGAAUUUCAUGGCCAAUUGUAAUCACAAAAUGGAUGAAGAACGGGAAAAUCUACAAGAACAGGAACUUGAAUCUCCAGAGAAUACAUUUUUCAUUCGAAGUGGAGAAAGCAAUGUUUUUACUCCAGAUGAUCAGUCUAUGUCUACUUGUCUAAACACUGGAUACAAUAAAAAGCAUUCUAGCGUGGAAGAGGAGGAUCAUUUCCAUACAAUAAUGGAAGCAGAAGACAUCUUGAAUUCUAAAGAAAUGGGGUUUGGUACAACUCAUGGUAAAGAAUCUAACUGUGAGCUGAGUGAACUGGAGGAAAUUGAACAUGUACAAGAUUUCAACGAAACGAAUGACGAGGAGGAAGACCUAGAGCCUCCAAGGAGAACCAACAGUCUACUCCAUGAAAGUUUCCAUUCAGAAAACAGCGUGGGAUCCAAUGCUACCGAAACGAGAAAAACUGGUGAGAAGAUGGAUGCCUGGUUUGAUGAAGCUCUGUUGGAGAUGAGGGACUGGUUCAGUGAUGAAUAAAAUGGUAUAAUAAUUUGGUCAUUAAAGAUUUAUAAAUUGUUCAUUUGACUGUGAUAUUCAAUCAUCUGUGCAAUAAAUUCUUGUACUCGU